AAGGGAAAAACAAUGCUUUCAGCUAGCCAUGGUAGGGUGAAUUUUAUAGUAAAGCGACAGAGAUGCCUGUUUAUCCUCCUAGAAACGCAGCUUUGACCUUAUGUCUAGCAACUAUCGUGUUUGUAUAAGCAAGCUUCAAGCUUACAUGAGAUCAAAGCAAGUCAUUGCUGUAAGACCAUGGUGCCGGUAUACCAUCAGUUUACCUGUGAAGGAAACUGUAAUCACCUGGUUCAGUCAUGACUGGAACAGGAGAAUAUGUUUCGCAUUCUUGGUCCACGAGUAAUUUUUUAAUCAUAUAAAGUCUUAUGAUCCUUGAUGUUUGGCAGUUGUUUUUACUUGGUGGCGGUAAACCCAAUCUUUCUGAUAAAUUGAUGAAUCAUAAUAUAUUAAUAUAAUAGUUUUCGUGGGAGUUCUGGGCCUUGUAUAUCUGAGGGAGGUUUAUGCAGUAUCUGGUGUAGAACGUUUUAGUGUAACAUUACAUAUCACUUCUUUUCCAAAAGGAAAAUCUGAUCAUUACUUCCUCAUUAAGUCUGCUUUAGUUGAAGUUCUGCAUAGCCAUCUUGAUUCCUGUGGAUUCUUACGCUGCAUCAAAUUGUUCGUUGCCCAUUCCCUGACUUUGCCAUGCUGCUUGAAGCAUUUCUUGUGGCAUAAUCACAAGAAAUAGAGUUGGUGAAUAUGACAAGUUUUUAGCCAUUUUUUCUUUUCUGAGGAAGUUUGAAUUACUUCCACCAGUUGCUUGUUGGACAGCCACAGUCUAAUUAUGGCUGUUGAUGGUAUUUUACAUACGUGGAAGAAUACUGGAAAGUUACCCCUCUUUGUGUUCUUCAAAGAUACAAGGAAUGUUCUCAAGAAUGAUGAACUGGGAAUAGAAAUAGCACACAUCGCACUUCCAGCAACACUUGCUUUGAUGGCAGACCCUAUUGCUUCGCUAAUAGACACAGCAUUCAUUGGCCGUAUAGGUUCUGUGGAGCUUGCUGCUGUAGGAGUUUCAGUUGCACUUUUUAAUCAAGUAUCAAGGAUUACAAUGUUUCCACUAGUCAGUAUUACUACUUCUUUUGUUGCUCGGGAAGAUGCUACCAGCAGAUCAAGUGCUGAAGCAGAGCAAGAUGAAAUUCUUGAAAGGGGUCCUGUUGUUGACCAUGAAAUGGAAGAGCUUAUGCCUCUUGUUGCCUGCAGUAACACAAAAAUGGCCGAGUCCAAGAAUGAGAGAAGGCAUAUACCAUCGGCAUCUUCAGCUCUGGUUAUUGGUAGCAUGCUUGGGAUCAUUCAGACUUUCUUCCUCAUUGUUGCUUCUAAACCUCUCUUAAGUUACAUGGGUGUAAAUUCUGAAUCUCCUAUGCUCAAGCCAGCACAACAAUACUUGACAAUAAGAUCACUUGGUGCUCCAGCUCUUCUUCUCUCUUUAGCUGUGCAAGGGGUUUUUCGAGGCUUAAAGGAUACCAGAACUCCUUUAUAUGCUAUCAUUGUAGGAGAUUCAGCGAAUGUUCUUAUGGACCCAAUAUUCAUAUUCACAUUUGGUCUGGGCGUCAAAGGUGCAGCCAUUGCUCAUGUCCUUUCUCAGUAUUUAAUUGUUCUCAUGCUCUUUUGGAGAUUAGUUGACAAAGUUGAUUUGUUACCUCCAAGUUUUAAAGAACUACAAUUUGGUCAAUUUCUAAAAAAUGGAUUUCUGCUAUUGGUGAAGGUAAUUGCUGUGACGUUGUGUGUGACCAUUGCAGCAUCACUAUCUGCUAGGCAGGGACCAACAACAAUGGCUGCAUUUCAGAUUUGCUUGCAGAUUUGGCUGGCAGCCUCUUUGCUUGCUGAUGGAUUGGCUGUUGCAGGACAGGCAAUCCUUGCAAGUGCAUUUGCAAAGAAGGAUUAUGAGAAGAUUAUAGCCAGUGCUUCCCGUGUGCUUCAGAUUGGUAUUGUUUUGGGGCUUCUGCUAUCAUUUAUUCUGGUAGUUGGUUUACAAUUUGCUUCCAGACUAUUCACAACGGACAUUGAUGUUUUGAAUCUUAUAAGCCUUGGCAUUCCAUUCGUUGCAGCAACCCAACCCAUCAAUGCCUUAGCCUUUGUUUUUGAUGGAGUGAACUAUGGAGCUUCUGAUUUCGCAUACUCUGCCUACUCCAUGGUUUUGGUUGCAGUUAUGAGCAUCUUUUGCUUAUUCAUACUAUCAUCCAGUCAUGGCUAUGUUGGCAUCUGGGUUGCUUUAUCAAUCUUUAUGAGUUUGCGCGUGAUCGCUGGUCUUUUGAGGUACUGGCAUGGGGCCUUGGAGCUUUCUCAGGAGCUGACAGCUGCAAACAUAUCACUUACCUUGAGUUUCUUUUUCUCUUGGACGCUGCACUUUGAUAUUGCUGAUGGUGAUUUAUAUUUAAUGAUUAAAUCCAUUUCCCUUGUUUUGGCAACACAGUGAGAGUUCUUUGUUCCAUAUUUGUUCAAGAUCCAGAGCAGCAUCUACAAAAUUGUCUCAAGUUUCAGGUCAUUGUUUCAAGAUGUUUACCAUAAACAAUCAUACAAACUGUAGAAACAAAUGUGGGUUGAGACAUAUCUUUAACCAUAUUGUAUCGCAAAAGCCAGGAGGUAAAACAAUUGGAAAACCUU